AUGAUCCGGGAUUUCCAUUGGGAUGCGGGGCCAGGCAUUGGAGGCGAGCAGGACGCUGACGAGGGUGACCGCGGGGCGGAGAAGAACGGGCGUGAGGCGGUAGCUGCUACAACAGAUGGAGAAAGGUUGAAGAUCACAGCCGAGAGUGAGCUUCACCACCGGAAAGCCGAAAAAGCGUACACCCAGUUGCAGGCUGACACAGAGUGGGCCAAAGCCAAUGAUGACUGCCAUGUCAUUUGUAUUGACAUGCAGGGGGUAGUGUUCACGCCAAACCUGACACACUUCAACGUGUACUAUCAACGGCAGCUGGCCAACUACAACCUCUGUAUCCAGGAGAUGGGCACUGACAAACCUCCUACAAUGUGCCUCUGGCAUGAGGGCGUUGCUCUCAGAGGUUCCAUCGAGGUGGCAAGCUGUCUUUUGAAGUGGGCAGAAACAUCUUUCGCUCCCCUAGUCCAGGCAAAGGAACGGAAGCUCAUCAUCUAUAGUGACCGAUGCUGUGGGCAGAACAACAACUGGCGAGUCCUAAACCUCAUGGCCCUACUCGUAUCUAGAGGGUACUUCAGUAAGAUAGAGCAGAAGUUCAUGGUGUCUGGUCACUCCUUCCUUCCCUGUGACCGUUCAUUUGCCACGCUGGACAAGAGGCGUAAGGUGUCCACACUCCACACCCCCAGCGAUGUCGCCGAGAUGAUCCGUGGAGCCAGGCAGCUGCAUCCAUUUAAAGUAACUGAGAUGAAAUGUGCGGACUUCAGGCAGCUCCCUGAUGCAACAUUAAAGCAUCCACCUGGCUUCCUAAUCACAUCCAUGAUGUGGUUGAAAGUGACAGCUACUGAUCCAUGGUGUGUCCACACAAAAGGGAGCCACAGCCUCUACGAGGGAUGGAAGCAUUGGCUGAUCACCAAACAGAGGAAGAAUCAACCACCUCCAGCUCCCUUGUUCUCCACCACGUAUGCUCGUGCUUACGAGGACCCUCUGCCCAUCAAGAAGGAGAAGCACUGUGACCUUAUGAAAAUGCUAGCCUACAUGCCAGCGGAGGCCCAAGCAUUUUAUGGGACAUUAGAAUGUGAAGAGUAGCCUGGUGUGUGUAGGUCAUGUGCAGGGUAAGGUGGGAUAUAUUGUGUAUAUUGUGUGAAAUUAAACAUAAAAGUAGUUGUAGCUUAUCUUGUAUGCCUUAUCUUAUGUUGUAUAAUAGGAAUAUAUAGGUAUUUAUUUAUUUUUAUUUAGAACCAAAAAAAGGAAGACGUAUAUGGUAAACUAGCAUAUGGAACCAGCAUGGAAUGAAGAUGAUGUAUGUCUGUAUUGUAAAUAUGUAUUGUUUACCGUUAUUACUGUUUAU